CUGUACUAUAAAAGCUUUUUCUAUAAACACCUUCGUCUAGUCUAGUGGACGACGACGGCACACAACAACAAGCUUCACCGGAGAGAGCAGAAGAGACGCGAAAAUGGUGAACAUUCCAAAGACUAAGAACACUUACUGUAAAAAUAAAGAGUGCAAGAAGCAUACUUUGCACAAGGUUACCCAAUACAAGAAGGGUAAAGACAGUCUUGCUGCUCAAGGAAAGCGUCGUUAUGACCGUAAACAAUCUGGUUAUGGUGGUCAGACUAAGCCUGUCUUCCACAAGAAGGCUAAGACCACGAAGAAGAUUGUGCUGAGGCUUCAGUGUCAGAGCUGCAAGCACUUUUCUCAGCGCCCAAUCAAGAGGUGCAAGCAUUUUGAGAUCGGUGGAGACAAAAAGGGGAAGGGAACAUCACUUUUCUAAGUUGGUUUCGUCUUAUGUUCUACUAUUUUUGUACUUUGUUGGAUUUGGAAUCCUUCUGUUUUAGCUCUCGUAUAAGAUUGUCUCGUCUUUGCUUGUUGACUCUUAUAUUUUGAAUCAUCAUCAAGAUAUGGUUUUGCUGUUAAUCAUCCA